UGACGUAAUGCGGAAGAAGGGAUUUCAGUUGUGACAACACAGUGCAGACUGGGGUAAACGCUACCAUAAACUAGCUUUCCUUAAUCUCUUUUAUCUUUAUUUUGCCUCCCAUCGGCCCUGCAAUGGACGGAUCCGCAAGAGCGUCCUCAGACGCCGCACCUGGACCCCCUCCGUACUUUAGAGGAAAUGAGAGCUCCUUGGUUUCAGCCCUGAAGACACUGUUGUUCUUCACAAUCCUGAUGGUCACGCUGCCCAUCGGACUAUACUUCGCAUCAAAGGCGUACAUCUUUGAGGGUUCGAUGAAGAUGUCAAGCUCUGACAGCUAUUUCUAUGCAGCCAUUGUCGCGGUUCUCGCUGUGCAUGUGGUUUUGGCUUUGUUUGUUUAUGUGGCCUGGAACGAAGGCUCGCCUAAAGGGAAGGGCAAACAUGAUUAAGACUGUCCUUAUCAGUUCAUAAGACCGGAGGAGACGGACAGACAGGGGCAUGGAUCCACCCCCCACCACCACCACGGACUCCAGCACUAAACACAUUAUCUACUGACCAGACAGCUUGGGGAUCUGGUUUGCGCUUAGGCUUUAACCAGAAGUUUAAAGCAUGAAACGGGGGAGUGGAAGCUGUUGGGUGUUUUCUCACCAGCCUCAGUGGGCCUGCUUUUUGACUUUCUGUUCUCUGAAAAUGGUACUUUUGUUGAUGGAGGACGGACCCUGUUUUUUAAGAGGCUUUGUUCUAAGCUGUAUUUGGCUAAGAGCUAUAAGUCCCGUCACUGCAAAGUGUUUGUCAUGCAGGAAAACAUCUUGGGUUUGUGAUGUUUGCUUGUGUGUGCCCAGACACUGUUUGUACUUGUAAUGUAUUUUUAUGAAAGAUUAGAUUCCAAAAUGUUUUGCAGCCAUUCUGUGAAACUGUGCACUACUGAAAUAUUUCAAAAUAUUUGGAUCCCGUCAAUCAAUCUGUCCUCAGUUUUAAGUUCUUCAUAAACAAUUUGUGACAUGACUGUUCGUCAGUACAAACCUAUAAUGUGAUUAAAUUUCAUGGCGCAUUUUGAGAAAAAACUCUGAAUGCUGUCUGUCAUUAAAAUAAUCUGAUGCAUCUGUUUGUCCUUGUAAACAAACAUUUCUCUGUUUUAGUGUUUGUGUACUGUAGUUAAAUGUUGUUUUGGAGCCUAUUGCAACAGCAAAUAGCUUUUAAAGAAAUCAUUGCUGUUUUGUGUUGAAGAUGUCUUUUUGAUUUGAGAUUGUACAUCUAAGUGAAAAUGCAAAGGAGAAUGACAACUUGGUUAAAUAAACUGGAAAAACUGUACAUCUCCCUUGUA